CGGAAGUCCCUUGUUGGUAGGUUCCGGGUAUCCUGGACUACUACGAUGGCGAUGAGUUUCGAGUGGCCGUGGCAGUAUCGCUUCCCACCUUUCUUUACGUUACAGCCGAACGUGGACACUCGGCAGAAGCAGCUGGCCGCCUGGUGCUCGCUGGUCCUGUCCUUCUGUCGCCUGCACAAACAGUCCAGCAUGACGGUGAUGGAAGCGCAGGAGAGCCCACUCUUCAACAACGUCAAGCUACAGCGGAAGCUUCCUAUGGAAUCAAUCCAGAUUGUAUUAGAGGAACUGAGGAAAAAAGGGAACCUCGAGUGGUUGGAUAAGAACAAGUCUAGCUUCCUGAUCAUGUGGCGGAGGCCAGAAGAAUGGGGGAAACUCAUUUAUCAGUGGGUUUCUAGGAGUGGCCAGAACAACUCUGUGUUUACUCUGUAUGAACUGACCAAUGGGGAAGACACAGAGGAUGAGGAGUUCCAUGGCCUGGAUGAGGCGACCCUACUUCGAGCUCUGCAGGCCCUACAGCAGGAGCACAAGGCUGAGAUCAUCACUAUCAGCGAUGGCAGAGGUGUCAAGUUCUUCUAGCAGAGUCCUGUCUCCCUUUACUUCUUACCUCCCACAUUUCUAGGGCUUUCAGAAAGAGACAGACCUAGUGUUCCCACAGACUGCAUCUGUGACUUCACCAUACUUAAAGGGCUCCAGUCUUGAAGGCUGGGACCUAGGGAGGGGUUUCCUACUUACCCUAUAUGUCUGUCCCUGUGAUAGGGUAACCCCAAGGUACCAGAGAGAAAGGAUGUGUUUCUUUUUGCCCUACCUCCUCCCAUCUGAGACUGUCCCUGAGACAAGGUCUGUAAACCUGACACUUUACAUGUGUUCUCACACGUAAGUACAUGCACACAUGCGCCUGCACAAGCUUCUGUCUCCUCCUCCAAGCCCCUUAGCUGCUGUUGCCUCCCUUCCCAGGCUGGUGCUCUAUCCUUCCUAGGGGCUGGGGGAAGCCCUGGCUGCAGGCAGCCUUCCAGGCAAUAUGAAGAUAGGAGGCCCCGGGAGGGGCCUGGCAGUAAAAGGCAGGCCAACACUGAUUUAUGAUAUUAAAAUCUCAACUCCUAC